AAGACGAGAGAAAUUUAUGAGGAGAAAAGACGUGAUUUUCGCGUUUCUUUGAGGAUUUUAAAUAGAGAAUCUUGCCUGCAAUCAGAAGUACUGUCCGCAUUUUUACACCGAGGAGGCUGUCUAUGCGAGGAGGUGACUCGUUAUUACUUCGGACUGUUUCAUCCACACCCAUAAAGUGAUUGAGAUCUUCAGUGAAGCUCCUCCUACAACAAUCCACCAAUAAAUGCUGGAGUCAAACACACAGAGAAAUCACUCCAUGUGUGACAACUGAAAUCUUCAUGACAUAAUGUUGAUGCUGGUGAAAAAGGAGCUUGAGAAGAUGACAGAUCCACAACCAUGCAGAAUAAAGAAUGAAGAUACUGAGGAACAAAUAGAUAUGAUGGAAGUGAAAGAGGAGAGUCAAGCUGAAGUGGAUGAGAAACAUCAGAUUAUAAAAAUAAACCAUAAUGUUUCACAGAAAGAAACUCUGAAGACAGAAGACAUAAAGUGUGAAAAUCGUUUCAGAGGAGAUGAACGCCCUGCAGAUCACAAGAGGACUCACAGUGAGGAGAAACCUUUCACAUGUCAACAGUGUGGAAAGAGUUUCAGAUCUAAAAGUAAACUUGAGGCUCACCUGAGAACUCACACUGGAGAGAAAUCACAUGUGUGCCAUGAGUGUGAAAAGAGUUUUAUAUCUGCAAGUUACCUUAAGAAACAUUCAAGAAUUCACACCGGAGAGAAACCUUACACGUGUCAUCUUUGUGGAAACAGUUUCGCAGUUGAAUUUAGCCUUAAGAAACACAUGAGAAUUCACACUGGAGAGAAACCAUACACGUGUCAACAGUGUGGAAACAGUUUCGCAGUUGAAUUUAGCCUUAAGAAUCACAUGAGAAUUCACAGUGGAGAGAAACCAUACUCGUGUCAACAGUGUGGAAAGAGUUUUACAUCUUCAAGUGACCUUACGAGACAUGUGAAAAUUCACAGUGGAAAGAAACCACAUGCGUGCCAUGAGUGUGGAAAGACUUUUACAUCUAUAAGUUACCUUAAGAAACACAUGAUAACUCACACUGGAGAGAAACCGUUCACAUGUCUUCAGUGUGGAGGGUGUUUCGGAGAUAAAGCUACCCUUGAGAUUCACAUGAUGCUUCACACUGGAGUAAAACCCUUCACAUGUCUUCAGUGUGGAAAGAGUUUCACAACAAAAGCUAACCUUGAGACUCACAUGAGACUUCACACUGGAGAGAAACCGUUUGCAUGUCCUCAUUGUGGAAAGAGUUUUAUGUGGAAAUCAAGUCUUAGUAAUCACCAGCGCUUACAUUAUAAAGAAAAGACAUUCAACUCUUCUGUGCAGUGAUGAGUCUUACCAUGGGUUCACACCAGCUGCGUUUGAGGCGUCUAGUUUGCCGCUUGAACAUUAUGAGGCGGUUUCCCAGACAGGGAUUGGACUAGUCCUAGACUACACCAUUUUUAAGAGCUGUCCAAACUGAAAACAACUUGCACUUACAUAUCUUAAAAUACGUCGGUGCCCUUUGUUUUGCCUCAAAAUGCAUACAGGUAAAUUUUUGAGUAAGGCAUGUUUGUUAAAACUAGUUAUAUUUUCUAAUUAAACUAAGGCCUAGUCUUGGAUUAAGCUUAUGCCUGUCUGGGAAACCGCCCCUUUGAGUUUACUCGCUUCAUUCGGGUGUGAAAUUCUAGUUUUUCAUUGGAGGGGCUUCUGCGACUCCGCUCCGUUAUGUAAUCAGUAUAGUAUGUGGAUUGCCAGUAUGUGGUCAUCACAGCACACCACACAUCUUUGUUGUUUGUGAGUCUUGACAGAGAACAUAGAAGUCUUGCGAUGUCUCUCUUGGUCAAACAUGACUUCACAGUAAACAGACAUGAUGGAAAACGGUCAUAAAGAAAUGUCAUUAAUACUGUGGACUGCACCUCACUUUGGACUGUUUCUGCUGCACCAUAACUGCGGUUGUUAUUGUUUCGUCUUUCAUCAGCUCGCUUUCUGACUGGUUAUCAUUUUGUUUCACAUGACUACAGCGUAAGUGGUCGCUUGUCCUCAAGGUUUCCCCCACAUAUCAGGAUUUUUAACAUGUUGAAUUUUCAACAAGAGAUGUUAUGUGUUUCGAUUGUGAAAACAGUUCUGAUGUGUCAAGCACUGCUUUGUUACUGCGCUUCUGUUUCAUGGUCUUUUGGGGGUCUAUAUGAUCCCAGACCCUCUUCAAAUAGUUAAAAACAUAUGCCGUGUUAUUUUUUAUUCUGAUAUUUCAUGACUGUUUCUAUUUACAUCAGAUCAUUUUACAAAUGUUUUUCUUGAUUAUCGAUUACAUGUGAUGAUGACCCCAGUAAUAAAAGUUAUUACUGUAUCACCACUAAAAUGAUUGUCACAUGCUUUGAAUCUGUUCGGCACACAGAACACUGUUAUCUUAGCAUUAAUAGUUGUGUUCAAAAAAUAGCAUUGUACUAAUAAAAGUGAAUAAAGUCAUAAACAUGUUUAUUUACUUAUUUUAACACUGUUAAAAAUGUCUGUAGAAAUUACAGUAUUAUUGUCUGCUGUUUGUGAUGAAGUUUGUUUUAAUCCGAAUAUAAAGGAAUUAAGUAUACUCUUACUUUACCAUUAUGAUUUUCUAUAUGAAUAUGACCAUAGUUUACCAGUGUGUGUGUGUAUGAAAUUUACCAGCAUGCAUUGCAGUCUGUUCUUAUACAUGGUGAGGGUCGCUACAUGCCGAAGGCAGAGACAAAAGACGUACUGUCCCAGAACUGUAAUCUUGACAAAGUGAUGCCAUGUGUUUUCUAUAUGAUACAAACCAUAUGUUUCUGAAUAUUAGACCAUGCAUGGAGUUCACAUUUAUGGGGGUGGGGUUGCCACCUUAUAUAUAUACCACUUGUGGUACAGUAAAAUUUUAGUGGAUCUUGCAAGAUCUC